AUGGCGCAGCUUGUUCUUCUUGACGCAGCUUCCACGCCAAGCCAGGUGCAGAAGGCGGUACAUGCGGCUUUGACCACCUGGCGCGAGCCGCGCUGGGCGACUAAAGCCUUGAGCCAGCUCAAAAAGCAGAAGAAAGGAGCCGUUGCAGCGCAGGUUCUUGGUGCCAUGCGCCGUCUCACCUGUGAGACUUCAUCUUUCCACUUCAACACGGUGAUAAGUGCCUGUGCUGAGAGCGGUCUCUGGCAGCUGGCACUACAUGUUUUGAGCGGCAUGUCCAAGCUGACCGCAGAGCAGAACAUCAUUAGCUUCAGUAGCUGCAUUGCAGCUUGCGACAGCUGCUGCCAAUGGCAGUACGCUUUGCAUUUGCUUGGGCUUUCAUCGUCCGCACGACUUCAACACUCCAUCAUAACUUACAACAGCCUUGUGAAUGCAUGUGCUGCAGCUUCGAAGUGGCGGCUGGCUUUGCACCUCUUUUGGCUGUCGUUCGAGGUGUCGCUGCUUCCAACUGUGGUAAGCUAUGGCGCAGCAAUCAACGCAUGUGAGAAAGCUGGGGAGUGGAAACCCGCCUUUUCAUUGCUUCAUGCUGCACAAGCAUCCGGAAUCAGCCCGAACACGAUCAUGUACGAUGCUUGCAUCAGCACCUACGGCAAGGGUGGCCAGUGGCAGAUGGCCUGCCUUCAUUUAAGCCGCAUGGCUGUGGCGAAGGUAAAGCGGAUAGACAUCAGUUUCAACUCUGCCAUAAGUGCCUGUGAGAAGAACAGCUACUGGAAGGCGGCGCUGGGAGUGCUUGGCAACGAUUUGAGGCUCAGGGGCUGCAUCUUUGAACUUUCAUGGACCCGUCAUCCCGCAAAGUCCAUUGUGAAUGGCUGGCGGCAACUUUUCCAUCGGAAGCGUGCGUACAAGCGCGCCUGUCGCAGAGCUGCGGCCACUGGUCAGACGACGUACAGAGGACGACUGGUAACUGCGAGCUCGCUGAACGCGCAGUAUGUUACUGCGCUGGGACGAACAAAUCCGACCACCAGAUCUGGCCCGACACAGGGUGAGACGCCCAGUCUGGACUCGCGGCUGCGGAUCAUGACGUGGAAUUGUGGUGGCAUGAGUGCUGAUCUGUAUGAUGUGGUCUGUGAAUGGCUGCAACGCACUAGGGACACAGAUGUGGUGAUUCUGCAGGAGGUCCAUUGGGGACUGGGGAAACAGGAUGCUACCUGGAGGAUUCCGGGCUGGUCACUCGUUGUUACAGCGGAUCCGAACUGCCGGUACAGUGGUGUUGCCAUGGCCAUCUCCUCGAGGGUGGCUUGCAGUCAGGACAUCACAUUCUGCUCAUGGAUCCCAGGUGCGGAUGAGGACCUGCAGCAGCUGUUGCAAGUGCACAAUCUUGUAGUGCUUAACACAUGGGGCCGCGCGGGUCCAACGCAUACAGCCACAUUUGUAAAUGGGGACGUGCACUCGCAGAUCGACUUUGUAGCGGUGCGCAAGGAAGAAUGUGUGAGCCGCAACGGCCCUGAGCUGACUGAGUUGCAGCAAGCCACAUGUACCAUCUUUCGGCAAACCACGGCUGAAGAGGGCCAGGCUUGGUGUGAGCAGCAUCACACGGCUUUCGCAGAUGACAACUUAGCCCAAUGGGAGAUCCAGUCAUUGUCGGAUCUGAGUGUGAUGUGCAAACAAAUCCGAGUCUUGUUUGACAUUUUGCAGGAGUCCGGUAUGAGCAUCAACGUGCUCAAAUCGGGAUUGCUGCUUCGAUUACAGGGCUCCGUUGCCAAGGCCUGGUUGAGACAGCACUCUAGGACCACUACCACUGGGGUUGUUAUUAAUGUAGGAAUCCCUGGCAGGCCCAUUGAAAUACCUCGACAAGACGUACUCACCUACCUUGGAGUCCAACUGUCGUACGGUAGUUUCGAAAUGCAGACGUGCCUGUUUCGCCUACGUGCGGCGCAGCAAGUCCGGCAGCGCUUGAUCAAAGUCCUGCACACCAAUGGCUUGCGGGUUCGUUUGCGCCUGCAGCUUUAUGGGGCAUGCGUGCGGAGUUCUCUACUGUAUGGCGUGCAUGCGGUUGGCCUUAGCUCUGCUAUCAUUCGACGCUUGGAAGCUGCAGACGCGCGAUCUGUGAGGGCCAUUGUUCGAUGUCCUGUGCACUUGACGCAUGUUAGCAAUCAAGUCCUGUUUCAGCGCUACAAGCUCAACAGCAUCACCGACUUGUUGAUCAAACUGCUCGGAGGCGUGUCAAGAAAACAAAGGAUGUCGAUGCGGCCACCUGUUUUCGCGAGCAGCUUGUCCAGCUUGGGGAAACACCCAGACGCCAUCCUCCCCAAAACUGGCAAGCUGGAUGGAGUUACGUAUGUUUCUCAUUCUGUGGAUGGGUCAUGUCCUGUCCUUUACGUCCUUCGCAACAGCAGUCAAACCCAUGCCUCUACAUCAGCAGUCGAACCAACUGGUGACGCCAUCCCAUUGGUGAACUCAUCGAUGAUCGUGCCGCCUGAACCUGAGGGCCAGCCCACCACGGCAGCUCAGGAGAUGAUGGAGGUGCUCGGCCUGGCCAAGCAGAAGGCGAGUGCCUUGGAGGCGGAGGCGGGGGACCGACGGGAUCGCUCGUGGGGCGACAGCUCGGACCCGUGGGAUCGUCCACAGAAAUGGCACAAGCCUCCGCAGAAGGGCCACGGCGGGAAAGGCAGCGCGUCAUGGGACUCCUGGAAGCCGCAUUCCAAGGAUUGGUUCGAUCUGGACGACGAGGAGAAGACGCCGGGACUCGACAUGGCGACUCAGAACCUCAUCUCGGUCUUGGUCAGAAUGGCACUGAGACACGAACAGGAGUUGGCACAACUCCGCAUAGACACGACAGUGAUCUGCUACCUGGACACAGGAGCUACCGGAAUAUUGCCAAUGGUGAGGCAAGUUGCGGAGACCUGGGCGACGGAGGCCGAAGCCGGCAAAGUGAAAUCCCCGCUCAAGGUGAUCUUGCUCUUGAGCAUCCUCCAGGAAGCCAGCACUCGGAUCACGGGCAUCCUACAGGACGAGUCCAAACUGCAGAAAGCUUACGACUGGGAGUGGCUCAAGAAGGGCGAACAGGGUCUCGAUCCGCUGUGGACGUAUUUUCAAUGGUGUCCCAGCGAGAAGAAGCAGCUUCUCAGCAAGCUGGAGCCGGUGAAAAACACGGAAAUUCAGGGCCAUCUGGAUUUCCUGGCGGGCCAUCUGGCAGAGCCGAAUGUGCUGACGCGAUUCCGUUCAACUCGGAAAAUGUCGGCAACCGAUCGCUACGCCAGCGCAGUAUUGCCGUUUUUCUGCUGCCUAAGCCUCAGGGGAGAAGUGGCGGCCAAAUGCCACGGCUCCAUACGAGCCUUGGUGAACAGCUCAGCACUGAAGCCCAUCGGGAUGCGGAUCAAGCCAGCACGGGGGGAACGCCAGCCACUGGCAGCGGAGUUGGAGAAAGCCUAUCUCGCUGUUCCAUACACUCAGUGGCAGGAGAGGGCUCCUCAGACGGGCCGUCAGGCUCGAGCGCCUCCCGCCGAGGCGGCACCGGAGAAGGCGAAAGAGCCGGACUUCGGGGCGCUGAGCUGGAUCUCGAUGCUGACGGGCCAGGCACAGCUCUGUCUGGGCGAGGUGCAUCGGGCCAUUCAACUGGCAAAUAAACCAGGGAAACUCUACCUCCCGGGUUGCCUGGAAUGGUCUCCUGUUCUUGCGGGCUGGCGGCAUCUGAGCCGGCAACAUGAUGCAGGGAUCUUCAUGAAGCACCUGUUAGAGUAUGCUGCUUCGCCGGUGCUACAGGGCUGUUGGCAGGCUAGAUUAGACACGCCUCACCUCGUCACUGAUGGAGGUGCGCUCUCCAUACCAGUGCCGCUCACUGUGCAAGGCCCCAGCUUGCAAGACACGGUCCAUCGGUGGCACACGCAACACACAGUCCAUGCAUUGCACGGGGAUCAGGGGCUGGUAAUUUUACAACUGAAUCGGUACGAUAAUGUGGCUGGUCUGUCCCUGAAGGAUGACUCGCUUGUGACUGUGGAGCCUGGCGCCGUCAUACUGAUUCCGGCCUUUGUUGCAGCCGAAGGGAUUGAGGUUGAGAUGAGGCGUUAUGUUAUUGCCUUUGUGAUCUUUCAUGUAGGCGAAAACGUAGAUUGUGGUCAUUAUCAGGCUGCGCUCUGCAUUCCUACCCAUUCUCACCUCACUGCAUCGGCAGCUGCAGCAGAUACUCACUGGGAGUAUCGUGUUUGUGAUGAUCGUCGAAAGCCGAGGCAGGCCAGACAGGCGGAUCUGCACUGCAUCCAUCACAACACGUACUUAGUGGGGCUGCUGAGGUCAGAGUAG